AUGCUGAGCAGGUGGAUGAGUGGCAGCAGCAGGAACCUGGACCGCGAGUACAACUGCACCGUGCGGCUGCUGGACGACAGCGAGUACACCUGCACCAUCCAGAGAGAUGCCAAGGGCCAGUACCUGUUCGACCUUCUCUGCCACCACCUGAACCUGCUGGAGAAGGACUACUUCGGCAUUCGGUUUGUGGACCCCGACAAGCAAAGGCAUUGGCUGGAAUUUACCAAGUCGGUUGUGAAGCAGAUGAGGGCCCAGCCUCCCUUCACCAUGUGCUUCCGCGUGAAGUUCUAUCCCACGGACCCCGCUGCGUUGAAGGAGGAGAUCACCAGGUAUUUAGUCUUCCUGCAGAUCAAAAGGGAUCUCUACCAUGGCCGACUCCUCUGCAAGACGUCGGAUGCUGCUUUGUUGGCCGCCUAUAUCCUUCAAGCCGAGAUCGGGGACUACGACCCAGGGAAGCACCCGGAAGGCUACAGCUCCAAGUUCCAGUUCUUCCCCAAACACUCGGAGAAGCUGGAGAGGAAAAUUGCGGAGAUCCACAAGUCGGAGCUGAGUGGGCAGACACCAGCUACUUCAGAGCUGAAUUUCCUCAGGAAAGCCCAGACUCUGGAGACCUACGGGGUUGACCCCCACCCUUGCAAGGACGUGUCGGGGAAUGCGGCGUUUUUGGCCUUCACUCCCUUCGGUUUUGUUGUUCUGCAGGGAAACAAGAGAGUUCACUUCAUCAAGUGGAACGAGGUGACCAAAAUGAAAUUCGAAGGGAAGACUUUCUAUUUAUACGUAAGUCAGAAAGAGGAGAAGAAAAUUGUUCUUACCUAUUUUGCCCCAACACCAGAAGCCUGCAAACACCUCUGGAAGUGUGGGAUAGAAAACCAGGCUUUCUACAAGUUGGAGAAGUCAAGCCAGGUCCGGACAGUGUCCAGCAGCAACUUGUUCUUCAAGGGAAGCCGGUUCCGAUACAGUGGCCGCGUUGCGAAGGAGGUGAUGGAGUCCAGCGCCAAGAUCAAGCGGGAGCCGCCCGAGAUUCACCGGGCAGGGCUGGUGCCGAGCCGGAGCUGCCCCUCCAUCACCCACGGCCCCCGCCUGAGCAGCGUGCCCCGCACCCGGAGGAGAGCCGUGCACAUCUCCAUCAUGGAAGGCCUGGAGUCUCUGCGCGACAGCGCCCACUCGACGCCCGUGCGCUCGGCCUCCCACGGCGACGCCUUCGCGGCCCCCGGCCGGAGCGGCCGCGCCGAGAGCAGCGAGCGGGUGGCCGUCAUCGCCGACGAGAACUACAGCCCGGCAGACAGCGUGCUGCCCACGCCGGUGGCCGAGCACAGCCUGGAGCUGAUGCUGCUCUCGCGGCAGGCGAACGGGGCCCCGUGCAGCAUCGAGGAGGAGAAGGAGUCGGAGGCCGGCACGCCGGCGGCGGCCGAGGCGGAGGAGGCGGGCGGCGAGCUGCGGGCCCUGUGCCCGGGCGCCGGCGGCCUGGGGGCGGCGCAGGCGGAACAGGUGAAUAAGUUUGUUUUAAGUGUCCUCCGUUUGCUCCUUGUGACAGUUGGACUCCUCUUUGUUUUGCUCCUCCUCCUGAUCGUCCUUACCGAGUCCGACCUUGACACUGCCUUUUUCCGUGAUAUCCGCCAGACCCCCGAGUUCGAGCAGUUCCAUUACCAAUACUUUUGUCCCCUCAGGCGAUGGUUUGCCUGCAAAGUCCGCGCCGUGGUAAGCCUGCUCAUUGACACCUGAAGGCAGGAGUCGCCACGUAACUAGCCGGGGGCCUGGGGAGAGACCUGCCGCCGUCCCCCGCGCGCAGGACCCGCCGGGGCGCCUUCGGCACACACACUAAUCCUCCCUUCCCGACCCAGAGCCCGGCGCGGCCCAGGA